AUGGGAAAUGGCAACGGUCGUGAAAACAGUAAUGGCAGGAGUGACAUAUCUGCAACACAAGUAAUAUCCGCAACUCGCAGUAACCAGAAUGGCAAUCCUCCUAUUAUCAUGAAAGGCACUAUAUUUAGCAAUAAACAGGAAAUUCGGGCGUAUAUCCCUACACCACCCGAUCCCUCCACGGCGCAGCAUGUCCCCAACACAAGACAGACUACCCCCUCCCCCCCCGUCCCAGAGCAUUCUAUUUUGGGUUCUCCUCGCAAAGAUGAAAGUCAUUUCGAGGAUCCUCCAGGCGACGAGCUUGGCGUCUACGCGGUUGAGGGCGCGGUGUCCGAGAUCGAAGGUCGAGUCCUCACACUCCACAAACUGCCGUCGUUCAUUGUUUACUCCUCAUCCGCCGCACUUAACUGUACUCCUUAUAUGGAUACUUCCGCUCACGACCCCGGAAGCCUCAGGAAGACGCGCUUCCGCCCCCGUAAUUGCAUCUCCGCCGCCGUGAUUGUGCUCCUGAGUCUCCUCCACGGCCUCCCCGCCGCCUCCGCCUGCCCCAGCCUCUGCACCUGCUCCACGCCGCCGCUGAUCUCGAGGAUCGGGGCUGUCUACGACGGCGUGAUAGAGCCGAGGAAGGGCGUGAGGAUGGAGUGCACGGAGGCCGGGCUCUCCUCCGUGCCCCUCGUGGAGGCGCUGGGCGACCUCGACCCCGCCGCCGUCACCAGCAUGGACCUGAGCAACAACAACCUGACCAGCGUGCCUGACAAUGCCUUCGCCGCAUACCCGUCGCUUCAGUACCUGAGGCUCUCUGGAAACAGGAUCUCCUCCGUGUCACCCCAGGCUUUCGAGGGUGUGAAGUUGCAAAAUCUAUACCUUGACAACAACCAGCUGGUAGGAUUGGUGGCUGGGUCGCUGCCGGACACCCUGGCGGAGCUGUCUCUCGAGGACAACUUCUUCAUUACUAUCCCGCCAGCUGUGUCGCUCAUUCGUGACUUGCAGUUGCUACCUAUACUUUACGAUGUAGCUAUGUAA